ACCAUACAUUCAGUUGAACACUGAAAUGCGGAAAAAGGCGGCAAAUGCUUUUGAAAUAGCAUUUUUCAAACUAAUGAAUAGUGCCGUCUUUGGGAAAACAAUGGAGAACAUGCGGAAACGCAUCCGCAUUGAGCUAAUCUCCAGUCCCGAACGUCUAAGCAAGCUCGUAAACCAACCAACCUUCAACGACUGUAUCAAAUACGGUGAAAGGUUGUGCGCCGUCAUAAUGGACACAAAGAUGGUCAAGUUUAUCAAACCAAUAUACGUCGGUUUAGCAGUGCUUGACAUUAGCAAGACGCUAAUGUACAAGUACUUCUACGACGUAUUGAAACCACAUUAUGGCAGUGCAAUCGAAUUGGUUUACAUGGAUACUGACUCCUUCAUAUACCUACUCAGAGUAGGCGACUUCUACCAGGAUUUAGCUGAUAGCCCCGAUUUACUGGUGCACGUGGACGCAUCUAGCCUGCCCAAGGAUCACCCUUGCUACUCCACCGAUAGAAAGAAGAUGCCCGGCUUGUUUUCAGACGAGACCAGUGGCCUCACUCUCUUUGAGAUCGCUGCACUUCGAUCAAAGUGCUACGCAUUUGACAUGGAAGGCAGCGAACUCAUAAAGUCUAAGGGGAUCCGCGGACACNGCAGCGAACUCAUAAAGUCAAAGGGGAUCCGCGGACACGUCGUCCGGAACCAUCUGUCUUUGGACGACUACCAACGGUGUUUGUUUAAAGACGAUGGCGAUGGUGACGAUGCGUCAAAACGAGCUUUGAGAGAAUGCCCGUGCGGUCAUCGGAGUGAUACGUAG